AUGAGUAAUCGUCAAACAUUUCAUCCAAAUAAAUUAGAUUAUGAUGUAUUUAAUAUUAAAAUUAAUAUUGGUCCUAUUGAUUUAUUUGAAAAUAUAUUUGGUUUGAAUCAAAUGUAUCAUGAUAUUCAUGAACCAGAUACGAUACGUGAAAAGAAAAUCAUUGUAUAUGAUGAUUCAUUAGUUGAUAUUAUUGAUGAAAUUUAUCUAUUUGAUCCAAGAUAUUUUCGACCAUUAAUGGCUACUUUACGUCAUACUGAUAAUGAAUCUUGUCCGAUAGCUUUUUGUGAACGACUUUGCUUUGAAAUAACAACUGAUCUAGAUGAAACAAGAUUACAAGUACUUUUUCUAUCAAUUAAUGUUUAUGUUGAACAUACAAUUGUUCGAAAUAAAUCAGAUCAACAUUUAUCUACUGCACUUAAAUAUGCAUGAAAACUACAACAAACAUUAAAUAUACCAUUAGCAACAUUAAAUUUAAAAUGUCCAUCAAAUGUUGAUUUAUCAAUAAAUCUAAAUAUAUUAUCAUGUGUAUAUUCCACAAAUAUAUAUGUAUAUUCAUUAUCACGUACAAAUUCAGCUCGAAAUAUAACACAUAAAUCAACUAUUGAUCAAAAUGGACAUAAGUAUUCAUCAUCAUCAAUACCAUUACGGCAUACUGUUGGUUCAUCAUCAUCAACAACAACAACAAAUAAUCGACCACGUUUAUCUAUUGCAUCAACAACAUUUCUAACUGGUUCAUUAAAUAUAAUUACAACAGAAAGAGAAGUAUGUCUUCGAUUUAUUGAUAUAUUCAAUAUAUUUUUAACAUCACUUAUUCUUGAAUGUUUAACAACAUAUAUUGAAAAAUGUAAAACAUUUGAUAAUCAUUCAAUAUCUAUUCUUGAUGGUCUUCAUAUUCAAGCUCAAACACAAUCAAAUUUUUCAACGCUCUCAAUUGAUUUAUCAGCAACAAAAAUUUCUUUAUAA